GUCAGUAGAGUGGCAAAUGUCGAAGAUUUUUUCGUAACUUGGAGUAAUCGCCAAAAAUACGCAUCUUUCGGUUGUUCUACGUUUCAAAAUUGUGCUCGAUAUGUAGCACAGGUGCCAGAGUGUCGGUCGACGUCGGAAUAUCGUCCUUUCGAGAGCGAUUUGGGACGAAAAAGUGCAGUUCUUUUUUGUUUGAUGGUGCAUUCUUUUGUUGUUGGAUCUUGUAGAGCAAAACUCAGCAGCUAGCGAAAAGAAGAUCAGCUCAUCCAUUGGCUACGGGUUGCAUGAAAGAAACCGCCUAUCUCGGGGUUUUCAGUAUACCAGAGCGAGAAGGAAUCCGUGAUUCGUGUUUUACCAGAAGAAAGAUUUCGUUUCGAGUAAAAUUUUACUAUUUUCGUGGGUUUUGGGCAAAUAAGAUUGCCGAUCGAUUCGACUCCUAUGCAUUACGUCUGGCCGGUCUGUGCUGGCGGUCCACUAUUGCUGGCCACAGAGCCAGCCCACGGUUGCGAGGUCAAGAAAAAAUAGUGCUCUCAAAAAUCAUCAGCAAGAAGACAAAGUAAAAGAAACUGGAGUGGGAUCCGAACCCUUGUUGAGGGCACUUAGAACAAGACGAUAUUUUCGAAGGAAACUAUCGGAAUGUCUACCCUGAUGGAUGAGGAUCGCCGGAAACGGCUCUUGGCGCUAGAGGAACGCAUCCGGGACCCCGGUAGCAUAGCCAAUCUGGACAGUCUUCUGGACACCGUGACUGCCUUGGUAGCCGACUGUGACCACGACAAUGUUAAGAUUAUCAAAAACAUUGAAACUUAUAUUAAAAGAUAUAAGGAUCUUGCUAGGGAAAUCAAUGAGCUGCGCAUGAAGCCAGAUGAUUUCAUCCCCAUCAAACUGAUUGGCCGGGGUUCGUUUGGUGAGGUCCAGUUGGUGCGGCACAAAUCCUCCAAACAGGUGUACGCCAUGAAGCGUUUGUCUAAGUAUGAAAUGAUAACACGCUCCGACACGGCAUUUUUCUGGGAAGAACGUUACAUUAUGGCCCACGCCAAUUCGGAAUGGAUCGUUCAACUGCAUUAUGCCUUUCAAGACAGUAAGUAUUUGUACAUGGUAAUGGAUUACAUGCCCGGUGGCGACAUCGUAAGUCUGAUGAACAUUUAUGAAAUUCCGGAAAAGUGGGCCAUCUUUUAUACGAUGGAAGUAGUCCUGGCAUUGGACACAAUCCACAAUAUGGGAUUCAUUCAUCGUGAUGUUAAACCCGACAAUAUGCUGUUGGAUAAAUAUGGGCAUCUAAAGUUGGCCGAUUUCGGUACUUGUAUGCGAAUGGGACCGGACGGGUUGGUACGUUCUUCGAAUGCCGUCGGAACACCAGAUUAUAUCAGUCCGGAAGUGCUGCAAUUUCAAGGUGCUCAAGGCGGUUAUGGUCGUGAGUGUGACUGGUGGUCGGUCGGGAUAUUUCUGUAUGAAAUCCUUAUAGGAGAUACACCGUUCUAUUCCGAUAGUUUGGUGGGAACAUACGGUAAGAUUAUGGAUCAUAAAAAUUCCUUACACUUUCCUGAAGAUGCUCCGAUCAGUGAGAACGCCAAAUCAUUGAUUAAAGGAUUCCUAACCGAUCGAACUCAGCGAUUGGGUCGUCACAGCGUGGACGAAAUAAAGUGUCAUCCUUUUUUUCAAAACGAUAUGUGGACCUUCGACAAUUUACGUGAAUCCGUUCCACCAGUCGUUCCUGAAUUGAGCAGUGAUGACGAUACACGUAACUUCGAUGAAAUUGAGAAGAAAAACAGCGUUGAAGCUAACUUUCCUACACCGACCACAUUUUCCGGAGAUCAUAUGCCAUUCAUAGGAUUCACAUACACAGGUGAUUAUCAGCUACUAAGCGGUGGUUCUCAAGAUAACGUUGAUAACAAAACUACAGCUAUCAACUCAUCACACCGGAACCAUCAUCGGCAUCGAUCGUCGAAUAAUGCUGAACUAUUGCGGUUGGAAAAUAUGCUCCAACGCGAACGCAACACUAUUGAAAUGUUGGAAAAACAGGAACGCACCCUGCGGCAACAAAUUGAACUUAUCACUCAACGUGAAACUGAUAUUCAAAACUUGGCCAAUACUUACGAGAAGGAACUGACUAUGUUGAAGCACAACUUUCGGGAAAUACAACGCAAAGCCGACAGUGAACUGGAAGCUCGAAGAAAAACCGAAACCAUGCUUCUGGAAACGAAACAACGUCUCGAUGAGGAAAAGAACAAAAGAACCAGAGAGAUGAACAACAACCAACAGUACAAUGAUAAGAUCAACAUGCUCGAGAAACAACUUGCCGACGUGCAGGAAAAGUACAAGAAUGAAACAGAAAACAGCCAACGUACCAAAAAGCAGCUAGCCGAGCUACGGUUGUCUAAGACGGACGUCGAACAGAAAGCAAACGAUCUUCAGUCUAUGCUAGCCGGUUUGCAAACCGCUCGUGACGUUUUGCAACAAGAAGUAGCAGAUCUACAAACACAGCUCGUACAAGAACGGAAUGCCCGCAUACAAAUGACUGAACUUCAGAAGGAACUUGAUGGGAAAAUCCAUCUUCUCAGCGUCGAUUUGGAAAGAUCGGUGUCACGGGAACAGCAAGUGUUAGUGGACAAUCGCAAUCUGUCUGAUAAAAUCUCCGAAUUGGAAAAAGAGAACGCUUCGAUGGAGUGUGAGCUGAAAGCUGUCCAGAGUCGAUACCAGCAGGAAGUCCGAGCUCACCAGGAAACCGAAAAGUCGCGGCUUUUGAACAACGAAGAGGCUAACAUGCAGGAGGUCAAAGCACUUCAAACCAAACUUAAUGAAGAAAAAGUUGCACGUCAAAAGGCAGAACAAAUGUCUCAAGAAAAGGAGCGUCAGAUUUCAAUGCUUUCGGUUGACUAUCGGCAAAUUCAGCAGCGAUUGCAAAAACUGGAAGGAGAGUAUAGACAGGAAUCGGAGAAAGUGAUUGCCUUGCACAGUCAACUGGAGCAGGAACAGAGCAAAAAGAGUACUUUACUGUCGGAGCUUAGUCUGCAGAGUUCUGAAGUUGCUCAUUUGAAGGCAAAAGAAAUGCAACUGGUGAAGGAGGUACAACAGUUCCGAGAAACGAAACGAAAGUACGAGGAGGAUAUCAUUAAAAUAAAAAAUGCACACAAUGUUGAUAUUUUGCAGAUGAAGGAGUUACAAGACCAAUUAGAAGCGGAGCAGUACUUUUCAAGGCUCUAUAAAACUCAGAGCAACGAAGUUCGCGAAGAGCUGGAUGAAAAGACUAGACAAAUACAGGAAUUGGAAGAAGAACGAAGCUCCGGAAUACACCAACUCCAGAUAGCAAUAGCACGUGCUGAUUCUGAAGCCCUUGCCCGCUCUAUAGCGGAGGAAACUGUGGUCGAUCUGGAGAAAGACAAAACGAUGAAAGAGUUGGAGCUGAAGGACCUUAUCACCAAGCACCGCAACGAACUAGCUACCAAAGAAACCGCUCUAACGUCUCUUAAGGAUCUCGAGACGGAGUUGAAUAAAGAGCUUAACAACAAAAAGUUUGAACUGGAUGAUUUGUGUCAACAGAAUCGUAAGAUGUAUGAUGAGCUCAAUCAUCUGAAGAGCGAACAAGUGGAGAUGGAAAAACUCCGCGUUAAACUGAAGAAUGAGACUAUGUUGAAACAACAGGCCGUGAAUAAACUAGCGGAAAUUAUGAACCGCAAAGACAACAACCUUACAGGAGGUAAGCAAAAGAGCAAGGUGAAUUCAACGGCCGACUUACGGAAGAAGGAGAAGGAAAAUAAACGUCUUCAGCAGGAGUUGGCUGUUGAACGAACAAAAUACGACGAGCUGUGUCUGAAGCACAAUGAAACCAUAAGUCAACUCUCAAAAGAAAUUGAUAUCAAGUGCAGGCUGCAGAUGGAAAUUGAGUGCAAAGCAACCGAAAUAGAACAUCUUCAAAUGAAACUUAACGAAACGGCAUCGCUCUCGUCUGCGGAUAACGAUACGAUGGAAGACAACCAAGAUGCUAUGUUUGAGGGCUGGCUGAGUGUGCCAAAUAAGCAAAACAUCAAGCGUUACGGCUGGAAAAAACAGUUUGUGGUGGUUUCUCCUAAAAGAAUCAUUUUCUACACCUCUGAAACGGACAAACAGAAUACGUGCGAUCCGUUGCUGAUUAUUGAUCUCAGCAAAGUGUUCCACGUACGGCCAGUGACACAGGGUGAUGUGAUCAGAGCAGAUCCGAAGGAGAUACCGCGAAUAUUCCAACUGCUCUAUGCAGGCGAAGGAGAAGCCCGUCGGCCAGACGAGCAGCAGCAAAUAGACAUGAACACGUCGUCCAAGGAUGAGCGGCCGCUUACAAUGCAAUACAAAGGUCACGAAUUCCUUCAAAUCAGUUACCAUAUACCGACUACAUGCGACCUGCCGUCGUGCCAAAAAAAUCUCUGGCAUGUUUUCAAAUCAUUACCCGCAUACGAGUGCAAAAGAUGUCGCUUCAAACUUCACAAGGAACAUGUGGACAACAACAAUCCACUGGCACCGUGUAAGUUGCACCACGAUCCAAAUCACGCCCGAGAAAUGUUGCUGCUGGCGACAUCGACCGAAGACCAGAAUCGGUGGGUCAGCCGAUUGUCGAAGCGUAUCCAGAAAAGUGGAUACAAAGCCAAUUCGACCAAUAAUCUCGGUGGCAGCAGCACUGGAAGCAGCAGCAGCGGAAACGGAGAAGGUAGCAAGAUAUCGCCAAGUCAAUCAACCCGUUCCAAUUACAAGCCGUACGCUGUGAACGUGCAACGGUCCGCGACUCUUCCGGCAAACGCAUCCCUUAAGCAGCAACAGUAGCUGGAAAACGAGGCCAGCGUAACGAAACGAAACCUAGAGGAAUUCGCUCUUCCUAAAGACACAAUAUUUGUGUGUUUGUUUAUAGGACUCUCGACAGCAAAGGGACGAGAAAUCCAAGUCAUCAUCUAACGCUUAGGGUUAUAACGUUUUUUAGACAUUAGUGCAACUACAAUGGACAAUAACGGCACUGGGAUAGGGCCUGGUUGGUGGUGGCUCCUUUGGAAAACAAAUGCUCACAUUUACAAAAAAAAUAAUCGAUUAACAACACAGGAAAGAGGCAGCUCACAAUGCAGGACUGAUAAAGAGGUUGAUUUUUUGCAAAGCUGACAACUAAUCUGAAAGUAAAUCUGAGAAUCUAUGUACCGAUGUAUUCGGCCAUCGUGACUAAUAGAGCAGAAAAUAAUCUGUCGCUUGAUAAACUUUCCUUUCAAACAACAAGACAUUCCUUCAUAGCUUUUAAAGUGCCCUUUAUGCCAGAGCUUAAUUUUCCCGACAUAUUGAACAGCAAAUUCUAACUGAACAAUUGCCUGACUGAUCUACUACUAACUAAACUUUCCAUUUUUGUUUAAUUUGAAUUGCUCCAUUCGAUACAAUUUACUUCCUUGUGCUGACCAUUCACUCUAGCAAACGUACGAAAAGGUGAUUAGGUUUCAAGCCAACUGAUAGGUAAUCAAAAUGCAUGCAAACAUACAUACACGUAUUUAACUAUUCCUAAGUUAUACGUUUUUUAUACGACAUUGAACAAAACAAAACGUAAAACAGUAGCAUUUGAUCUAGUGGUUAUUUUUUUAUAUAAUAUUACUACAUUAACGGAUACUUUCGAGAGGAUUCCGACUCUGUGUACACGAGGAACGAAGCAAAUCUAGCUGGAAUUAUAAAUUCCGUUUAAGAAUGGAUCAUAUCCGUCUAAGUAAAACAACGAUGACUAAACAGUUGCUUUUCCUAAAUGGGCAACCAGAGCAAAAAAAAAACGAAUCUGGUGGAAAUCACGGAUGUGCAUGCGAAUGUUUUAUAUCUAGCAUUUAUAACAGUAAAAUGGAGAAGAAAUAUUGCCCCAAUGCAUCGAAUACUACAAGUAAAUUGGAACGAAGUAAAGCACGCUGCAAGGAUAAAUCUUGUACAAUGUUAAAGAAACAAACACAAAAUGAAAAAAUCGUUAUCAGAAAGAUUUUAUAUAUUUAACAGAUUUUUUUAAAAUCUUAAUAAUCCGUUUUUAUUAUGUAUAGUUAAACAAUUAUUUCAUUACUAGGAUUAGAAAGAACAGAAAUCAGCAUCAACCUAUAAACCAACUAAAGUGCCUUUUAAAAUUCUACACAGCAGCAGCGCGAAUGUAACAUUACUUCAAAAACAAUAUAUUAAUACUGAUAAUAGUGAUAUAAAUCAAUUUCAUUAACCACAUUAAACGAACCGAAUGGAAAAGCCAUCUCUGCUAUGUGUUUCGCAACUGAUUCGUAUUAUUUUACAACAACAAACAAGAAAAAAAAAACAGAGCGAGGCAAUCAAUUUCUCAGACGAUUCAAACGAGCAUUGAGCGGUGAAGCUGAUUUUUUUUUGGGAAAAACACUCUUUGGAGUCAAGAAAUAGAUUGUUUCGUUGAAUAAAACAAAGGAAGGAUAUUUUUGUAAAUGA